AAUCCCACUCUGACGCAUUUACGCAUGCGCCGCCCACAAAAGCAUUCGAAUAGGAACCCGAGAUGAACGCCCGGCGCGCACGCGGCCCUUUUAACUUUUGGCGAUGACCCAGCGGAACUACGUCCUGGCAGCCACACCCCCUUCCAGGGCUCAACCAUAGAGACAAGGAUAGAGCGUCGGGCCCCGCCUCCUCGGGCAGUACUUCCGGUGGGAAACCCGCGGGCCCUUUGGGGAAGAGCGUGCAGCUUCCGGCAUGGCGAGCUCCGAGCCGAGCGACGUGGAGUCUCUGCCCCGAGGAGGCUUUCGCUGCCGCCUCUGCCACGUGACGGUGGCCAACAAGCCCAGCCUGGAUGACCACUUGCGUGGGAAAAAACACCAGCGCCUGGAAAACCUCCGUACUGUCCGCCAGACACAAGAGAGCCGCAGCGUUUUUGUCAGUGGCUUCCGCAAAGGCACUCCAGCCUCGGAGCUGAGUGAUUAUUUCCAGGCCUACGGGGAGGUGGCCAAUGUGGUGAUGGACAAAGAUAAGGGAGUCUAUGCCAUUGUGGAGCUGCAGAAUGAGGAGGUGCUGGAGAAAGUUCUGACAGAACCACAGCAUAGUCUGGGAGGGCAGAGGCUACGGGUCAAACCUCGAGAGAAGAAGGACUUUAAAUACAAUCCUCCCAGGAAGCAAGGGUCAGCCAAGCGUGAGCAGCUGAGCCCUGAGAAGCUGGCAGAAAACUUGUGCCAAGCUGAUGAUGUGGAUGCCCAGAUGUCUUUGAUGGUUCAACUCUUUGAGUUCUCGGAGAGCGAGCGGCGCCUACGAGACCUGUUGGUCACACUCUUCCAGGAAGUGUUCCUAGAGUUUUUCCCUGGUUCUGCCAUCCUCCCCUUUGGGUCCUCGGUGAAUGGCUUUGAUGUUUGUGGCUGUGACCUAGAUUUGUUCCUGGAUCUUGAGAAGACACAAAGCUUCCAGGCAUCUGCCAAGGCACCCAAUAUGACACAGGAAGGAGCUAGUCCUGAAGUGGACACGCGUUCGGAGGAUUCAAUCCUAAGUGAUAUUGAUUUGGCUUCAGCCACGGUGCCGGAGGUGCUCGAGUUGAUUGCCACUGUGCUGCAAAAGUGUGUCCCAGGAGUCCACAAUGUCCAAGCUGUGUUGAAUGCCCGUCGUCCAGUUGUCAAGUUUUGCCAUAAGGAAUCUGGCCUCCGUGGUGACAUCUCCAUAAACAACAGGCUGGCACUCUGCAACACACGCUUCCUACAACUUUGCACCGAAGCAGAUGAGCGGGUGCGGCCCUUAGUCUAUGUGGUCCGCUACUGGGCAAAACAGCAGGCGCUGGCAGGGAACCCUUUUGGUGGAGGGCCCUUGCUCAACAACUAUGCCCUGACUUUGCUGGUGCUUUUCUUCCUUCAGACACGUAGCCCGCCAGUCCUGCCUACUGUCAGUCAGCUGAAGGAACUGUCAAAUGAGGAGGAGCAGACUACAGUGGACGGCUGGGACUGCAGUUUUCCCAAGGAUUCAGCCCAACUGAACCCCAGUGCGAACAAGGAGAACCUGUGUUCCCUCCUGGCAGAGUUUUUCCACGUCUUUGAAGACUAUAACUUUGCAGGCUGUGUGAUCUCACUCCGGGAGGGCCAGCAGCUGCCUCUAUACAGCUUUCUGUCAUCUGAAGCAGACAACAAACUCAAACUGGGGCCAUUCAAUCUUCAGGACCCCUUUGAGCUGAGCCACAAUGUCAGCGCUAAUGUCAACGAGAAAACGGCACUUCGAUUCCAACGCUGCUGCCGUGAUGCUGCCAAGUAUUGCCGGAGCUUGCAGUAUCAACGCAAGUCCACCAAGGGCAAAAUCUGGGGACUCGUCCGCCUAUUUCAGCCAGGCAACCCGGAGGCCCUGGCUACUGAUGGAUUCAUUGUAAACCUCCCUUUGACGCUUGCAGCGGUACCUCCACAGUCCUGCGAGCUGCUGAAUCAGGCUGGGGAUAUGCGCCAGCUCUGGUUUCAGAAGAUCUGUACUGGCAUAGCCUUUACUUUAAGGGAUGUGCUCCGAUGUAGCUGCUUGGAAACAGCACAAGGAUUUGAGGCGGAACAGGCGGCUACUGGAUCUCAGCAGCAAGAAGAGCAGAUAGAAGCGAAAAUGAAGCUGUUGUCAGCAGGGUCAAAACGCCCCCUGGAGAAUGAUGAAGGAGAAGGCGUUCUCUCUCCUUCUGCUAAGAAGUCACGAAUUGAUACUUUCCUCCCCACUGGGGAAAGUAUGACCUGGGACUGCAGCACCCUGCACCGUGUGUGGCUGGGGCGCCGCCGUGUCCGGCGACAGCUCCGCGGGACAGACCUGGACUUGACAGAGAAGGCUGGCUCUUUGGAAUUGGAGGCAAAAGUAUCUGAGCUCAUUUCCAAACAAGAAGGGGAAACGACACCUACAGAGCCUUUGCUGCAAUUCACCGUUUGCGCCCGAGUGACAGAGGCAGCUUCUGGCAAACAAGGCACAUGCGUCCGCCUGAGCUUCACUCCAGUCCCAGAACAGGCUGCUGCUUUCCAAGAAUUCUUCCACUUCCUACAAGGUUUUUUGCCCCGAAUGGUGGAACAAUAUUUGGUUACCAGAGCCUGAACUCCACGGACUGUACAAGGGUGAGCAGGGAAGAAAGAGCCAUUGAACUAUGAGCUUUUGUAGACAGUUACAGAUUUAUACAUGUAUAUAUUUUUUCUCAUUAUCAAGGCGAAUACAAGUAUUGGAUAACAAAA